CUCCAGUGGCUUCCAGGAACUUGCACCAGUUUACCCUGGCAGAGACUUUGGCCGGCAGCUCCCGUAGGAAAUGAGAGUGUGGUCCUUCUCGAAUAGGAUAUCGAAUGAGGUUUUUCCACCAUGUUCGGAAAAAAAAAGAAAAGGCUUGAAAUUUCUGGGCCUUCCAACUUUGAACACCGGGUUCACACUGGAUUUGAUCACCGAGAGCAGAAGUUCACUGGACUACCUCAGCAGUGGCACAGCUUGUUAGCAGACACAGCAAACAGGCCAAAGCCUAUGGUGGACCCGUCAUGUAUCACUCCUAUCCAGCUCGCUCCUAUGAAGACUAUUGUUAGAGGAAAUAAACCUCGAAAGGAUACUUCAAUCAAUGGCCUGCUAGAAGAAUUUGACAAUAUCUCAGUGACGCGAUCUAAUUCCCUGCGGAAGGAAAGUCCUCCCACCCACCAUCAAGGAAGUUCAAACCAUGUGCAGAGGCACCAGGAGGAAAAUGGUUAUAUCACGUAUUCUCAGUAUUCCAGUGAGUCAGACACUACAACAGACUAUGUCAUGGAAAAGUAUGGAGACAAGACUCUUUAUGGGGAAGAGCUAGACAGAUACUACAAAGGUAGUUAUGCCACCAAGCAAAAUGGACACAUGAUGAAAAUGACUUCCAGAGACAUCUAUUAUUCAGAAGUUAAGCCCCUGAAAUCAGACCUCUCAAGGUUCCUGCCAGAUUAUCAUACGCACAUGGAAGCCAAAAACAAACCGAUUGAAUACAGUGGCCUAAAGCUGGAAUAUCAGAGGUUUCCUAGUGGAUCCUCGCUGGACUAUCGAGAUCCCUUCCCUUAUGCUCCUUCUCGAACUUCAGUGCAAAGUGAGUGCUCUAAGGAGAGACUCGAGUAUGGUGACAGCGACUGGGGAAACGGAUCAGGCAAGGAUGAUUAUGACAAAAGGCCAAAGUCAUCAUACGUAAACCCGGCAAGUCCUCAGCCAGCAAUGAGACAGAGAUCCAGGUCGGGCUCCGGUCUGCAGGAGCCAGCCAUGCCCUACGGAGCAAGUGCUUUUAAAGCAAACCAACAAGGACACUCGUACAGCUCCUAUACCUACCCUCGCUUGUCCGAAACUGCAGCAGGCUUCCCAAAGGUGGAUUAUGAUCGAGCACAGAUGGUAGUUAGCCCACCACUCUCCGGAUCGGACACCUACCCUAGAGGCCCAGUAAAGCUACCUCAAAGUCAAAGCAAAGUCAGCUAUUCAAGCAGUAGCUACCAGUAUCCUUUAGUCUAUCACAAAGCAUCUCUCUAUCACCAGCCGUCUCUCCAGCCAAGCUCUCCCUAUAUUUCCACGGCUUCCUACCCGAGCUCCCCAAGUGUCACAUCAAGUGCUUAUCCUCCACCGAGCUGGGGUUCCUCAUCAGACCAGCAGCCGUCCCGGGUGUCCCACGAACAGUUCAGAGCUGCUCUGCAGCUUGUCGUCAGCCCCGGCGACCCCAGGGAAUACUUGGACAACUUUAUCAAGAUAGGAGAAGGCUCCACAGGGAUUGUCUGCAUUGCCACUGAGAAACACACAGGAAAGCAAGUCGCAGUGAAGAAAAUGGAUCUCAGGAAACAGCAGAGAAGGGAAUUACUCUUUAAUGAGGUUGUAAUCAUGAGAGAUUACCAUCACGACAAUGUGGUUGACAUGUACAACAGUUACCUGGUUGGCGAUGAGUUGUGGGUGGUGAUGGAGUUUCUGGAGGGCGGUGCUCUGACAGACAUAGUGACUCACACAAGAAUGAAUGAAGAGCAGAUAGCUACCGUCUGUUUGUCUGUCCUGAGAGCGCUGUCCUACCUGCACAAUCAAGGGGUUAUUCACCGUGACAUCAAAAGUGACUCCAUCCUUCUCACAAGCGACGGGAGGAUAAAAUUGUCAGACUUUGGAUUCUGUGCCCAAGUGUCUAAGGAAGUCCCCAAGAGGAAAUCGUUGGUUGGAACACCCUACUGGAUGGCACCGGAGGUGAUAUCUCGCCUCCCUUACGGCACUGAAGUGGAUAUCUGGUCACUUGGUAUCAUGGUAAUAGAGAUGAUAGACGGAGAACCUCCCUAUUUCAACGAGCCACCGCUCCAGGCAAUGCGCAGGAUCCGGGAUAACUUACCGCCCCGGGUGAAGGACAUACACAAGGUCUCCUCGGUCCUCCGGGGCUUCUUAGACUUGAUGCUGGUGCGGGAGCCCUCGCAGAGAGCCACGGCGCAGGAACUGCUGAGACACCCCUUUCUGAAGCUGGCAGGGCCGCCUUCGUGUAUCGUGCCCCUCAUGCGGCAGCACAGGCACCGCUGACCUCGGCCAGUUUGCAGGAGGAGGCCGGUACAGAGGCCAGGUGAAGCCUGGCAGGAAUCCUACAGGGUUUUUUGGAAAUCGAGGAAGGGGCAGCCGAAACCUCGCAAAGGAAAAAACAGCUCUGUGAAAAUAAUGCAGUGUACGAAAAAAAAAUCCCGAGGUGCUCUCUGGAGCUGUGAAGGACUGGGGAACUCUCUUUGCCUCUGAUGGGACAGCCAUGCAGUGACGCUAAGCGCUGUCCCGUGGAAGGACUCUUCCAUGGGCAGUCAUCUGCUUGGCUUUCCGCUGUCAAAGCAGAAGGAUGCAAAUGCCAACGUGGUUGAAAAGGUAACAGAGCAUAGCACAACCAGAAGGAAACACCAGAGUUUUGUUGCAAAAGUAAAGGAUAUGGCACUUCUAUUUCAGAAGAACACUUUUCUGGCAUAAAGCACUUUUUAAUCUCAGUCAUAGCAGUGUAAUGUAUUUUGAAAUGAAUUUGUAAUUUUCUGUACAGUACUUUUUGAUAAUUUGCAGUACUUUGUCAUGUAACCAUCGUGCUAGUUGAAGUAAUAAGUGUAACUUAGCAAGAGUUUGGGAAAAAUUAACUUUCCUACUUUUUUUAACCCUUUUGAAAAUGGGGAAAGAAAAAAAAAAAAA